CGGGCCGCGCACUCGCCCGGGCCCCUGGCCGGGCCACGAUGGCUACGUGGAGGCGGGACAACCGACUGACGGGCAGCCAGCGGCUGCUGUGCGCGGGGCUGGCAGGGGCGCUGAGCCUCACCCUCACCGCGCCCCUGGAGCUGGCCACUGUGCUGGCCCAGGUCAGCGUCUGGCGAGGCCACGCCUAUGCCCCGUGGGCCACCGCGCGUCUCGUGUGGCAAGCCGAGGGGCUCCGGGCCUUGUGGAAGGGGAACGCGGUCGCCUGCCUGCGCCUCGUCCCCUGCAGCACCGUGCAACUCGCCGCCUACCGCAAGUUUGUUGUGCUGUUCACAGAUGACCUGGGCCACAUUUCCCAGUGGAGCUCCACCGUGGCAGGGAGUCUGGCAGGCAUGGUGUCCACCAUCGUGAUGUAUCCUACAGAUCUCAUCAAAACCCGCUUGAUCGUGCAGAACAUGCUGGAACCAUCUUACAGGGGGCUUGUCCAUGCUUUUACUACUAUUUAUCGACAGGAAGGGUUCCUAGCCCUUUAUCGAGGGGUUUCCCUGGCUGUUUUAGGUGCUCUCCCGUUUUCCACUGGCUCCCUUCUAGUUUACAUGAACCUGGAGAAAAUCUGGAAUGGACCCCGAGACCAGUUCACUCUCCUACAGAACUUUACCAAUGUCUGUCUGGCUGCUGCAGUGAGCCAGACUCUCUCUUUUCCCUUUGACACCGCGAAGAGGAAAAUGCAGGCUCAGAGUCCCUACCUCCCCCACUAUGGAGGAGUGGAUGUCCAUUUCUCAGGAGCAGUGGACUGCUUCCGGCAGAUCGUGAAGACCCAGGGGGUACUGGGGCUCUGGAAUGGAUUGACAGCCAACUUACUGAAGGUGGUUCCCUAUUUUGGAGUCAUGUUUAGCACUUUUGAGUUCUUCAAGAGAAUCUUUCUUUACCAAAAUGGUUAUAUCAUGUCUCCUCUGAGCUAUAAAUUGACCCCAGGAGUGGACCAAAGCUUGAAGCCCCAAGAAUUACGGGAAAUCAAGAAGUUCUUCAAAACUGGAAAACUGAAAUCUAGAAAACCAACUCUGUGAAGUCAAAAUGGCAACGACAGUACCAGUGCACUGGCUGAAGGCGUGUGAUCACAGACCAGUGUAUCCAUAUUGUGCGUGUGAGGAGUAAUGAUCAGGGCCAUCCAUAUUGAUGUCCCUGAGAACACCUAAGCUAGGAAGUUUUCCAACACGAGUGGGUCACAAUGGCAUCCCACCAGACUGUAUAAGCAAAACCCAGUGAUCAUAAAUAUACAAUAGCCUUGAAAAAGAAACAGGACAGCAAAAAAAAAAAAAGAACAUGGUGUGAUAUUUCAGAGCAACUUGCGUGGGAAUGUGCAGUCCUGCGCUCAGCCCCAACGUAACUCUCAGACCAUACAGAGCCCUCCUAAGUGCUCCUCACUUGCACCCAUGGCCUCCCCUUGCAGUUAUUCUAGGUUGACUUUAGAGAACAUCCAUCACAGUGUAUAGUUUAGGCGUUAUCAUGAACAAGAUGGGAAAAAAAUUACAACUUGUCUUCUGGGUCUUUUUUUUCUUUUUUUUU